AUGUCUCUAGACUUUAAGAGGGACGAGUCUAUUCAGCCAGUCACUUCGGCCGUGGCCGGCGAGACCACAAAGACAGUCGACGACCGAGCUUUGGAUGAGGCAGCAAAAUAUCUAGCUAAUCAUGAAGAAUUCGGGCCCAUGACUCCUGAGCAGGAGAAAAAGAUUGUGAAAAAGAUUGAUGCUUGGAUGAUUCCUUUGCUAGUAUUCUGUGCGACCCUAUCUGCCGUCGAUAAAGUGGAAAUAGGAACAGCUUCUCUAUACGGAUUUCAAAAGGACAAUGGCAUGGUGGGCCAGCAAUACAGCUGGUUGGGCAGUAUUCUACCAUUAGGUACACUAGUUGGCUUGCUAGUAACCUCCUAUCUGAUCCAGCGAUUUCCUCCAGGAAAAUUGCUGGCAACUGGUUCCCUACUGUGGUCCAUCUGCACCCUCAUGUAUGCACCGUGCAGAACGUGGUCUGGGUUUAUGGGUUUGCGCUUCUUGUUGGGAUUCCUCGAAGCAGUCUCGACUCCUUGCUUCACGGUACUCGUCGCAUCUUUCUAUAAGAAGGAAGAGCAGCCUCCGAGGAAUGGAAUCAUCUUUGCAUACUUCUCGUCAAUAUUCAACGGCUUCUUCGCUUGGGUUAUAGGAUAUAUCCCCGACGAUGCUCCGUUACUGAAAUGGCAGUACCUUUAUCUUCUCACCGGCUCGAUCAACGUAAUAUAUUCGGUCUUUUUGUGGUUUGUUCUACCUGACAGUCCCAUGAAUGCUUUUUUCCUCACUCCGGAGCAAAGAUAUCACGCCACACAGCGGCUAGCUGCGAAUCGAACCGGCAUCGCCAACAGGGUAUGGAAGUGGGACCAGGUUUGGGAAGCUCUUACUGAUGUUAAAGUUUGGCUUAUUGUCUUGUUCAAUAUUGUUAUCAACAUCCCUAAUGGCGGCCUCCAAGCCUUCGGAUCGAUCAUUAUCAACAACUUGGGUUACAGCCCCUUGGUAUCAAGUCUCUUGACGAUGCCAUUCGGCGUCUUAGCUACGGGUGGUGCUUGGGGUUUCUCAUAUAUCGCUGCAAAAUGGCAUAACCGGCGGGCUCUAACUGCAGCUCUGGCCUUGCUACUCCCCAUCUUCGGAACAGCCUUGGUAUAUGGAUUGCCGCGAACAAAUAUCCCUGGCCAAAUGGUGGGACUAUAUUUUAUGUAUUUCUACUGGCCGCCCUACGUUGUUGCUAUAUCCCUUAUUCAAGCAAACACCGCUGGUAUGACUAAAAAGGCGGUGACAUAUAGUCUUGCGACAAUAGGAUAUGCUGCAGGAAAUCUCAUUGGUCCCCAGACCUUCAGAAGCAACGAAGCACCCAAGUACGCUACCAGCGUAAUAGCCAUGUUAGUUAGCUACUGCGCCUGCAUGCUGAUUCUUAUGGCAUACUGGCUUGUUGGAUCCUGGGAGAAUAAGCACAGGGACCGUAAGUAUGGCAAGCCAGAGGGGGUUCACGAAGGUACCAACGAGGGCUUCGUCGAUAUCACAGAUAAGAAACAGCGCGAAUUCCGGUAUACCACCUAG